AUGUUGGCGCCACACAAGCUCUUCCGACAGGCGACACGGCGUCGCCUGUACACGCAGCUGGCGCCCCGCGCAUUCUCCGCCGCGAGCCGACUCGCCGCUCCCGCCUCGCUCGCCCGGUUGGAUCUCGCGCGCACGCCGCAGCCGCUGGCAGCGCCGAGGCGUCGGUGGCUCGCGACGGAUGGAGAGACUGUGGAGGUUCCGGUGCCGGAGAUGGGCGACUCGAUCUCGGAGGGGACUAUCCUCUCGAUCGCAAAGAAGCCGGGCGACUACGUCGCGCUCGAGGAGACGGUCGCCGAGGUUGAGACGGACAAGGUGACGGUCGAGGUCAAGUCGCCGCACGCUGGGACGAUCAAGGAGAUCCAUGUGGCGGUCGACGAGAGCGUCGAGGCGCGGACGGCCCUUCGCUUCGCUCUCACGCGAGCCUCGCCACC